UGUCCAACGAGCGUCUCGACAGGGGCGCCAAUACGCGCGGAGGUUGCUGGGGCAGCCGCCGUGGACGGCGUCACUGAGCCGCGCCAGCUGAGCCGGGUGGAGCCCAGCCCCUCUCUUCUACCUUCUCCGGGGCUCGCUCCUUGUCACGGCGUCUGUCGACCCCGCUUCCAUGUACCCGGUGGGCGCAGCACCCCGAAGCCUCCACGCCCAUGGCCACUAGCCUGAGGAGGCCGUCUUUCACCUCCUGUUCUUCCCCCUCUAACGACACGGACGACGAGGGUGUGCGCGGUACUUGUGAAGAUGCUUCUAUAUGCAAGAGGUUUGCAGUGAGCAUUGGCUACUGGCAUGACCCUUACAUCCAGCAUUUGGUGAGACUGUCUAAAGAGAGGAAGGCCCCUGAAAUUAACAGAGGAUAUUUUGCUCGAGUCUAUGGCGUCGAUCAGCUUAUGAAGGCAUUUCUGCGGAAGACAGAAUGUAAUUGUCAAAUUCUCAACCUUGGGGCUGGGAUGGAUACCACCUUCUGGAGGUUAAAGGAUGAAGACCUUCUACCAAGUAAAUACUUUGAAGUCGACUUUCCAAUGAUAGUCACGAGAAAACUGCACAGCAUCAAAUUGAAACCUGUCCUAUCAAAACCCAUUUUAGACUUACAUUCAGAGGACACACUUCAAAUAGACGGGCACAUGUUGGAUUCAAAGAGAUACUGCAUCAUGGGAGCAGAUCUCCGAGAUAUACCUGAACUGGAAGAGAAACUAAAGAAAUGUAACAUGAAUACACAAUUGCCAACCCUCCUGAUAGCUGAAUGUGUGCUGGUUUAUAUGACUCCGGAGCAGUCUGCAAACCUUCUCAAGUGGGCGGCCAACAGCUUUGAGACUGCCAUGUUCAUAAACUACGAGCAGGUGAACAUGGACGAUCGCUUUGGGCAGAUCAUGAUUGAGAACUUGCGGAGACGACAGUGCGACCUGGCAGGAGUGGAGACCUGCAAGUCGUUAGAGUCACAGAAAGAACGGCUCCUGUCGAACGGGUGGGAGACGGCAUCAGCCAUCGAUAUGAUGAAUUUGUACAGCAAAUUACCUCGCGCGGAAGUGAGCAGGAUAGAGUCCCUUGAAUUCCUGGAUGAAAUGGAGCUUCUUGAGCAGCUCAUGCAGCAUUACUGCCUCUGUUGGGCGACCAAAGGAGGAGGUGAACUCGGUUUGAAGGAAAUAACUUACUGAUCUGUUCAAGACUUGUGCUGAGCCAGAGCUGAACCCACUGACCUCUCCAGAGUUGACCCUCCGAGUUUCCUGAUCGGUGGUCAGGCCCCAGCUACCAGUGUCACCCGCACUCCGAGGGACCUCAGUUACUGGGGUUGUCGUCCCAGCUCCUGUUCAUGUUGGCUCAUCAGUUAAAUAAAUUUCAGUUGCCAAUUGCCUA